UGCAAUAGAAAUUCAUCAGGAAAACUUGCAUAAUUUGCAUUCAAAAUUCCUUUUUCUUAAUACAAAGGGGGGGAAAACCCAUAAACUGAAUCAUAAUUUUCUUUCUUUCAUAUUUGUUAACAAUUUCUCUGCAAUUCUACAAAAAAAAAGCUUCCUGCAAAUGAGGCCUUCCUGUUUAGAAGCAGUCUGUUUUCUGGUGUUGUUCAUUUUCCUUUAUAGUGUUGAAGGGAUUCGAUUGGAGGGAAGUUUUAAAUCAUCAGGACAUGAUGUUAAAUUGCAUGAAGAAGCUUUGAUGAAAAUAAGUAAUGGAGUUAUGGGAGAUGUCAUUUUCUGCAAACAAGGGCAAUGUAGAGGAAACAGUAGGAAACUUCUUACAGCAACUACUACUGCAACUACCACUGCAUCUUCCACCAGUUCAAAGAGCGAAGAUGGUGGAGAUUAUAAGAAAGCUAACCCUACUACAAGAGUCAAAUCAGGAAACCAAGAAAAUGGUGAAAAGCAAGAGAAAGUUUCUGUUAGUUCGCCGACAAGUUCCGAACAACAGGACCAAUACGCGGACAUUAUGGAGAUAGCUGAAAUGGACUAUUCACCAGCCAAGAGAAAACCUCCAAUACACAACUAAGAAUGUGUAGGUGGGAAAAAAAAUCAAAGACAAUAUUAAAAAAAGAAGCAAAAGUUUUCCAGGAAAAAAUAAUUUAAAGGAAUGGGAAAUUUGACAGCUUUCCAGGAAUGCUGCAGUUUUUUUAGGGUUAGAGAGAAUGAGCUUUUUUUGUAUAUAUAAAUAUUCUAUAACUAAUUAUCAUACUUAUUUGUUAAA